CCCAAAAUUGAGUAUAAAGACCUUAUAAGAACGGCGACACUUAUACUACCCAACGGCACUACUUCACGGCCACCUAGUAGAUCUACGCUCUACCGUAUGCUCCGCCGUCGUAAUAUAGGCAAAUACCGCUGUAAAAAGCGUCCAAAACUAACGCCGCAACACGCUCGC